AUGAAGUCACUACAAAAUUAUCUCAUCGAUGUCCAUCGGAAACGUCUCUGGGGUGCCGUCCCAGCUGGUCUUCGCUAUGCAUACCUCCAACAUCGCGUUUUGAAGCAAGGUGCCAAGCGCAGUUUGUUCGCACACCUUUUCAUCCCUGUGUAUGAGUCUCAGCUCAACAAGCUGGAGAUAUCGGAAAGAGACCGCGCGGCUAGACAUGAGAAGUUGAACCGGUGGACCAGCUAUUGCAUGCACGAGUACUGGGAGGAGACCUGGUUAGUCGCGUACUGGUCCUCUACAGCGCCAGCCAAGGUAUUGCCAUACUACGAUAACUACAACAUCAACGACCGCCCCGAGAAGCGCAUCGAGAAUGAUCGCAAGUUUCUGGAAAUACUUUGCGCUAUCGACGCGGACGACAGAGGUGCGGUGCUCGAAGCAUUCGCCGGCUUCCACAGCGGAGUGGACGAUUUGAAUUACUGCUUCGGUACCACGAUCCUCGCUUUUGCAGCCAAACAUGGAAGCCAUGAGAUGCUUACACUGCUGCUCCGUUCAGUCAGACGCUUGACUUACAAACAGUUGUACAAGUACUUGUAUAUCGCCAUCACAGAGGCCAGAAACCCGCAUGCUAUCAUCGACGUCUUCCUCAACCACCUUGCCCAGCACUUCAAAGAUGCAAAGGGCAACGCCUUCACAAGCAUAGACGUAGCAAGGCGCCUGCUCACCCAAAAUCUCCUCCUCGCAGCCUUGGCAAGAUGGGAUCUGUUAGUAGUCGAGGCCAUAUGCAAAUGGAUGGACAGCGUUCCAAACUUUCACGGCAAACUCGAAAUGUUCAAAGCGAUCUUCGCCCGAGCUCUUCCCGAUCAGACUCUAUGCGCGUUGCUCCCCAUGCUUGUAACCCUGGCAACAAGGAAUGAGAAGAUACCAGGACUCUUGGCCAUGAGCCCCACGCACCACUUUGGUGCAUCAUACUAA